GUUUACCGUGGUGUAUAGCUGCAAAGAACACAACCUAAAGUUCUAUUGACUCUGUGACAGUGUGGAUAAAUGCUUCUGCCUCUGUGAGCUGGUCGGUCUGGUCUCGGUCUGAUGUGAAGGGGUCCCCUGCCAGCCCCGCUCAACAAGAUGGGCAAUGAGAACAGCACUUCAGAGCUUCCGGAGGGCGCUCCAGACAACGUGGUGUUAUUUCCUCCAGAAGAAACACAGUCUGCCGUGGCCGCAGUAAACACUGACAAGGUGAGCCCACUGAAGGAAAAGUCUGUCCACACUGAUUCAGUCACUACGGAGCCACAGGUGCCUGCUGACGAAGAAGAAAAGCCACAAAGACAAGAAGAGGAGGAUAAAGAGGAGCUAGAGUUUCCCCAUGAUCUGCUGCCCAGCAUAGACCUUGACCUCAGCACUGAGUUCAAUCUCACCUGGGGAACCUCACUUGGUUGUGAGCAGGUAGGCCUGGGUGAGAUGAAGAAUGAGACUGUGGCACUGGGUGGCACUGCCAACCCUCUGCUGGCAGGCCUAGAGCAGUACAUGGAGGCCAGUCCACCAGUAGUGGACCUCAUGAAGAGCUGUGAUGGUGACAAAGUUUCUACUGAGACCACAUCGCUGACCCAGAACCACUUGUCUAGCACACCUCAGCAAGAUGUUCCAUCCCUUAAUCCUUUGGCUGCCCAGGUGGAUUAUGAACUCCAGGAAGCUUUAAAGGAAUGUGAGGAUGAAAUGACUGCUCUUGGCAUAACCUCCCAUGCAGACACAUGGACUGCAGGUGAUCUGGACAGGUGUUUCUCUUUAGCCCUGCCUGAAAAUGAUGAGAAAAAUGAACAAACUGAGAAGGCUGAAGUCAUGAAGGAUUUUGGUUCAUCUUCACAUAAACCUAUCAAAUUUCAUGGAGAUUGCCAUGAAAAUGGAGCACACAAAAAUGACUCCUCAGCAGGUGAAGAGGGGGUGUUUAGCUUCAGCGAUUAUGUUCUAGGAAAAAAGAUAACUAAUACUUGUACAGCUGGAGCUAAGGAUGUCAAAAACAUCAAGGAUAUAACAGAAAACCACAGUGAGGAAGCUAGCCAGCUGUCAGAGGCAGAACAGCAAAAAAAUUCAGAGAUAGAGACAAAAAUAGACACAGCUGAGAACAUAGCUGGCCAACAAACAACACAUAGCAUAUGGACAGGUACACAAACAACAUCAGAGAUGGAUACAACAAAGGAAACACUUACCCAGGAUCAAUCAACACAAAAUAUCUGCCCUUCGAAAAACACCCUGGAAGGUGAGAGCACACAAGAUGAAAACAAAAUAAUUUUUAUAGCACACACAACCCAGAGAGAAACCGGAGUACUUCAAGAGUUAAAUCCUGUGAUCGAAGAAGUCAUCAGUUCUGCAAAAGCUACACAGAUGAAAAUAGAGAUGCAUAGUCAGUUAAUUAGUGAUUUACUGGCAUGCCAAUCCCCACAUAUGGAUAAACAUGCUGGUCAUACGUUACACUUAGAAGCUAAAAUAAGCUUACAACCAAACACACAAAAACAGGUGGAGUCAGGGACACAGCAGCAGAUAAGUGGACAGAUAGAAACAAACACAAAAGUAGGAUCAAGCCUUGAGCAUCAAAGACCGGAUAUAGGACUCUCAGAACAGCUGAGUCCUGUGGGUAAACAAUUGAUCUGCUCCCCACCUCCAGAACCCAAGGCUCACCAAGCUAAUUUUUCACUGGCUGAGGCUCCACCUGCCCUGAUACUGCACCCUCCACAGGGGCCAGAGCAACAUGAUGACCAGGAUCAGACAGAUGGACCCUACAAAUCAAUAUCAGAAGGUGAAACCAUACACCACAACCACUGUACGACAGGGGAAGUAAAACAUGAGAAAAAUGUGUCUGAUGCAUCUGCUGUUGUGAUUGAUUUCUGCCAAGCUAAAACAGCCCCUGAACAUGAGCCCGAAGGGAGAUAUGACUUAGAGACAUGUCCACUGGAGCCGGAGAAUGGACCUUCUUUAGGCAGUGGAGCCGAUGCAAACGCAGCACUGUGGGGGAAUUCACACUCUCUGAACCAAACCGGUGCAGAAGAAGAGGAGGAAGAGAGUGCCCUUGAACAGGCUUCAGCAGAGUCCGCUGCCUCCACAUUGCUACAAACACCCACGAUGCCAGAAAUGAUCGAAAGUGAGGGAGAGAAGAAGAGAGAUGAUGCGCUCCAAAGUGUCGCAAUGAUAGUACAAGCAGCAGAGAGAGAAUCGACAGUGCUGGAAGCAGAUGAGUCUCCAAGCUCACAGGGAACAUUAACUGAAAUUACGGCUGAACAGGGACGGCAAUGCACCUCAGUAAUCUUUCCAAAGAUUAAGUGCUCACCUGUUCCGAAAGAGGAGGCGACUGAGGAGAGCUGUGGCAACAAAAUGCCACACAACUCGACCGAGAGCGAGGAGAAGGGAGGGGGUCUGCCGAUCACACUCUCCCCAGCUGGAAACAAGGAUACAGGCACGGUCGACACAGAGGACAAAGCUCUGGUCAUAUAUUCCUCUCCAGGCGUCCUUGGAACAUGUGACUGGAAGGUGGGGAGUUCCCGAUCAAAGAAGAGAAAAGGAGAGAGUGAAGAGGAGGGGAAAGAGACAAGCAAAGGAGGGGCACAGAACGCAGCACAUGCCGGCAGGGUUUCACAGACAGAGGCAGCAACCGAGACGUGUCCAUCCCACGGCAUCACAGCAUCACUAGCGGCGACACAAGACGAGAGUGACCUCAUCCUUCCUGUCACAGCAGGCACAGCCCCGUUUCCUCUGACCAUCAACAGAAUAAACGACUGCGUCUCCAUCAGCCCACCCCCUCCUCUUUCCCACAUAAAUUCUACAGAGACAGAAACGCAGAGAGAGGAAGAGGCUAAUCUGAAUCCAAGCCCAAGAGCAUCAGGAGCAGAAUUGCUUGGCAGUGAUAGAUCAUUUCCGCCAGCAUUUUCUUUGGAAAACGAUUGCCUUGCUGCGCAAGUCAACAAUCAACAGGUACAGAGCUCUUCACAAACUAGAACCACAAGCUGUGACACAUCCAUCAAGACAGAAACACAGCAACAAAAACAAGAAACAACUCCUACAAGUGAAGACGCAUCUCAAUCAACUAAGCUACAAGUGAACAUGAGGGAUAUCGCUGGAAGUUGUACCAAUGUGGAAGGGCGUAUGUCUCCAAAAGGUAUGCAGACCUCUUUUGAGGACCAAAAGGAUACAGCGCUGAAAGGCCAAAUGACUGAAUGUGCCUCUCUGCCUCCACUGAUGGUAUUUGAAAGUCUACGACACCCGGUAAAAGAAACUAGCUUUAACUUUAAAGGUUUUCUCACCACCAACAAACCAGAAAUAGAAAAGGAAAAAUCCAGUGCAUUAAAAGAACCUACUGCUUUUGAGGAAGGAGUGGAAACGACAUAUAAAGGGUCAAAGGACUGCAGAGAAACGACCAGCACAUCUCAAGAGCAGGGUGAGACUACUGUAAAACUUGAAGAAAAUGUGAAUGUAAAUGUGGGUGGUUGUGAAGAAAGUAGAAAAGUGACAGAUGAAACUGAUGUUAUAUUUUCAUCACUGUCAGCUGCAGAUGAGACGACCGGGGUUACUGAAACAAAGGAUGUGGUUAAUGAAAUUCUGGAAGAAACUGAAGCAAUUAAACAGAACCAAGAAUAUAAAGAGUCUUUGAAUGUUACUCAGAUCAGUCCAAGUGAUACAGAUGAGUCAGCAUCCACUGAGAAGAAUAGUGUUUUACUACAGGACGUUUCUCUACAAGAGGGUCGUAACAGCAGUCCUGCUGUGGAUGGUGAGCGGGCUGAUAUUGCUGUGUCUGAAGGAGUUGAACAGAGACAUAUAGAAAUGCUAUUUGGCAGCAAGGAAAGGCUGAAUGAAGAGACUGACAAAAUAAAGGGAGGUGCGUUACCUGAAGCAGAUGAUAUAGAAGUAAUAUGUCCAGGUAAUUCAAAGAAUUUUGUGAAUGACAGUCGAGAGCAUGAGUUAUGCAUAGAAAAAUACACACAUGAAGAGGAGUCACAGGUUAAAACCAGCUCCAUGUCUCCAGCAGCAGCCCCUGACACAGACAGCAUGUGUCCUUGCACUCAACCAGACAAGAAAUCCAACACCGAGCAUCCUACUACAACCUCAGAGGUGCCACUCCUGUCAAAAGCUGAUAAGUGUGCAGACAUGCUGACCUAUCAGACAGAAUCACAGUUUAGUGGUGAAAUAAUGAAAAGUGAUGCAGUGGAUGCUGGAGAUACAACAGUCCCCUCUCUUCCUGCAGCGGAAACUAUAGUACCAGCACAAAGUGAUCUUUCCUCAACCACCAAACAAAGCAGUAACAGUGAUGCCAGAGAUGUGUCUGUCAUUGUACUAAAGGCUCCAGGCCCAAUGCUGAGUCACUAUGAGUCCAUUAAUGACUGUGAUAUUGCUGUAGCAGGAACCGGGGAGCAUUGCAGUGUGAACCUUGUGUGUAAGUCUGAUACAGAGAUUGUAAAUAAUAUUGCAGACAAAACGAAUCAGCAGUCAGAUGUAAAUGAAAACAUGUUAAGAAAACAAAAUGCAGAUGAUCCGCCCUAUACUGCACAGGAAAUUGCAGCAUCAUCUGGGUCCUUUCUGCUCACAACUGACAGACUAGAACAGGCAGGUUGUUCACCGCUAAUUUCAAAAACCCCAGAUAUUGUUGUAAAUGCAAAGAUGAAAGAGAAUGAAGCAUAUACGGGCACUCUAGAAUUUGAUAUUGGUCAAAAAGGGAAGAGAGAAGGACAUGUAAAUUCUAAACAUGAAAAUGAUUUAUGCAAUGUACCUACAAAUGUUAGAGACAAUAAGUUAAAUAAUGAAGACAAAUCUGAAAGAUUCAAGCAGGCGAAAGGAGAAGAUCACAACAAGGAGAGUGUGAAGGAAACUGAAGAAGAAUCCAGUGCAAAAAAUGAAACUAGUGCCUCUCAGGAAGAAGGAAAUGAACAGAAAAAUGGGAAGCAGGAUGAAAGAAAAGAACAAGAAGAGUCCUAA